CCUCCAUCACACGACCCCCAAAAGAGCCCAAGCACAUGCCCCUUCCCCACAGGGGAAGAAGCUCCCGCCUGGCCGGCUCCUGAGGGGCGAGCACUAGCCUCCCGCGGGCUACGGCCCACUCGCCCAGGCGUGCCGGCCGCGGGGCCCCGUUGCCGAGCCAUGCACAACGCCUCACCCGGCGACGCCAUUUCUCCGAGCAGGUCCCACCAGGGCCCGAGCCGCAGGCUGACUUCCGCUCGGGAAAGUGGCGCCAAGAGCGCGCCGGAGGGGACGCCAGGGACUCGCGGCGGUCUGCGCCUGCUGGGAUGGGAUCUAGACACAGACUCGGACAUCUCUGACAUCACUGGACUCCCUCAGGAAUCGCUCACAGAUAGCUUCAGACACCUGACCCAACAAGGCCCCCUCAGUGAGCCCAUUGUUGAGAGGCUGAUCCAGUCUAUCCAGGAGUUUUUUAAUGGUGACCUACAGAGUGAACUUGAGAAGCUGACAUUCCUAAGAUCUUUGUCUUCUCUCAGCCAAGCUUUACCUUAUGCUGAAACCGUAGGAGCAUUUAUCCACAGCCACAUAGGGGACAUUGUGCAUAUCCUAAAUUCUCUCUACAGGCAGACACUUCAGGCAUUCUCUGAGAUGCUCCAGAGUUUGGUAGUAAAAGACCCACAUUUGGAAAAUCUCGACACCAUUUUUAAGCAAAUGGACCCCUGGUUACAAUCAACCAAAGACCAUGAGCGGGAACGGGCCGCAGUCAGCAUGGCUAAAGUUCUAAAGUGCUCAUCCAGACAUCUCAGCUUGAAGCUUCCACUGCAAUUCCAAAGGCUUGGGCGCCUGGUGGCUCUGAUGGCACUACUAUGUGGGGACCCAGUGAAAGAGGUAGCUGAGGAGGCUGCAGAGGGCACGCACUACCUACUGCAUAUCACACUGAGGCUGAAGUAUGUCACUCAUGACAAGAAAAAUCACCCAAGCUUGAGGAGAGCAAUGAAAAAGUGUCAAGAACUCCUAGAACUCUACAGUAUUAAUCAGUUCUACAGUUGUCCCUUCAAAAUUGCCCAGGUCUUUGAAGUGUUUCUCAAUUCAAACGAGCUCUGCCAGUUUGUAAUGACUGUAUUGGGUGGCCUGAAAAGUCUGAAACAUCCGUGCACCCAAAAAUCAGCAGGAGAAUUGCUGAUAACAUUGGUGAAAAAUGCAGAGUCCCGAUUUGAGAAGGUGCCAGAAAUUAUGGGAGUGAUCUGUGCCCGGCUAUCCAUAAUCAGCCAGCCUAGAGUCCGCCAACAAAUCAUAAAUACUGUGAGUUUGUUUAUCUCCAGGCCCAAGUACACAGAUAUAGUGAUCAGCCACCUUCUGUGUCAUCCAGUACCAUAUGACAGGCAUCUGGCUGAAUUGUGGAGAACUCUGGAUGUAAAACUGCCCAGCACCACCUGGAUUCUGUGGAGACUCCUGAGGAAGUUGCAGAAAUGCCAUAAUGCACCCACCCACGAGAAGAUGGCCUAUAUGGCUGUUGCUGCAACACACGCCCUUUAUGAGGUGUUUGUGGGAAACAGGCUCCGAGCAGCUACAUUCCGACUCUUCCCUCAGCUUCUCAUGACACUGCUUAUCCAGAUACACCACAGUAUUGGCCUUACCAUGUCUGAUGUCGCCAUUCCAAGCGGUCUGUACACAGAACAGGAGAUGUCUUCACAGGUCACCCCUUUGUGCUUCGCCAUACAGGCUACAAAGACUCUCCUUCUCAGAACAUUGUGCUGGCAGGAAUUCAACAUCAUGGAAAAGAAUAAAGGAUGGACCCUCUUGGAAGGAAAAGAUGGCCAUCUUCAGGGAAUAUCUCUCCUUGCCAAUGCAUUGCUGGAAAGAAAUCACCUCUUUGCAAAUAAGAUCAUGUACUUGUUGGUCCCUCUUCUUAACCGAGGGAAUGAUAAACAUAAACUCACAUCUGCAGGAUUUUUCGUGGAGCUUCUCCAGAGUCCAGUGGCUAGGAGACUGCCCAGCAUAUACUCUAUUGCCCGCUUGAAAGACUGGCUACAUCAUGGAAAUAAUGUCUUCAAAACUCUUGCCCUAAAGGGACUGCACUAUCUUACCAGACACCAGGAGAUGAGGGAAGGCAUCAAGAGCCUGUUGCCAUGCAUCGUAGACCUCUUAUGUGAAACCAACGAGAAGAUUGUUUUGUUGGCCAUCCAGAUACUCCUGCAACUCGUCGAGACAAUGGAUUUCACUACCCUGACUGCCAUGAUGAAGACCCUGUUCUCCCUAUUUGGUGAUGUGAGACCUGAUGUUCAUCGUUUCUCCAUGACCCUCUUUGGAGCCUCCAUAAAGUCUGUGAAAUACACAGAUAAGAAGGGUAUAGAGAAUCAAGUCCUGGACAGCUUGGUCCCACUACUUCUGUAUUCUCAAGAUGAAAAUGAUGCAGUAGCUGAGGAAAGCAGGCAGGUCCUAAUUAUAUGUGCCCAGUUCCUGAAGUGGAAGCUGCCCCAAGAAGUGUACUGCAAAGAUCCCUGGUACAUCAGGUGUGGCAAAGUUGGAAAAGUCUGCAAGUUCUUUGGAAAAAAAUGCAAGGGGAAAGUUAACCUCGUAGCCCAAACAUUGAUGUUCUCCAAGAAUGCAAAGCUUCCUAUCAGAAGAGCAGCAGUCUUAUUUGCAGGGCUCUUAUUGAAGUACGUGGAUCACAGUGAGCUCAGGAUGAAAGGCACUGACUGGAUAGAGAAAGAUCUGAGAGAUCUGCUGUGUGACCCUGAGCCCUCUCUGAGCAUCAUCGCCUCUCAGGCUCUCUUCCAAGUCCCGGAGGCAGGGACUGAACAAGACCCCAGGCAGACUGUUUGCGGCUUGAGGAAGCUCAUGGGCUGUCUUUCUACUUAGAAAUGCAAGUCAAAAGCAUCCAUUAAGAAGCAGAGGUCGGGGGCACCUGGCUGGGCCUGUCGGUGGAACAUAUGACUCUUGAUCUCAGGGUCGUGAGUUCAAGCCCCACGUUGGGCAGAGAGAUUACUUUAAAAAAAAAAAAAAAAGCAGAGGUCUGAUUUUUUUACUGACUACCUCCGCAGUUUGGGAAAGGCUGAAGAAGUAUUUAAUAGUGAUUGUAUUAACAAAUUCAAAUAUCCAAAUAUUCCAAAUAUCUCCAUUAUUUUUAUACAAGGCUCUUCUCAAACAUAGUUUUGUGUUUUCAUGGAAUUUUUUAAAUAUAUAAAACAAAAAUUUCUGGACAUAUAAUUUUGUUAUAAUAUGUUAAAAAUUCAGUAUAAGUCAAUAGGAUUUCAGUUU